AUGUCUUUCCCGAACGGAACCCCUCCUGCCACCGACAUGUCGGCUGUGCCCCCUCCUCCUGGCGGCCCGGAGCAGCCCAAGACGACUCUCUGGAUGGGUGAGCUUGAGCCUUGGAUGGACGAGAACUUCAUCAAGGGUGUUUUCCUCUCCGCCGCCGGCGAGACUGUCAACGUCAAGGUCAUCCGCGAUAAGAACUCCGGUAACGCUGGCUACUGCUUCGUGGAGUUCACCACUCCUGAUGCGGCCACCAAGGCCCUGGGACUUAACGGCACCCCCGUUCCCAACAGCUCCCGUCAGUUCAAGCUGAACUGGGCUUCUGGUGGCGGACUGGUUGACCGCCGUGACGACCGCGGCCCUGAGUACAGCAUUUUCGUCGGCGAUCUCGGCCCCGAGGUCAACGAGUACGUCCUGGUUUCACUCUUCCAGGCUCGCUUCCCGUCGUGCAAGUCUGCCAAGAUCAUGACGGACGCCAUGUCUGGCCAGAGCCGCGGCUAUGGCUUCGUCCGCUUCUCCGACGAGAAUGACCAGCAGCGCGCCCUCGUCGAGAUGCAGGGUGUGUACUGCGGCAACAGGCCCAUGAGAAUCUCGACCGCCACGCCCAAGAACCGUGGCAACCACGGAUUCGGCGGCCACGGCCAGCAGGGCGGCCCCAUGAUGGGCGGCGGCAUGCCUCAGCAGCAGAUGUGGGGUGGUAUGGGCGGUUUCUCUCCCUAUGGUGGCUAUAACCCAGCCACCCAGAUGAACCAGUUCACGGAUCCCAACAACACCACCGUCUUUGUCGGUGGCCUGUCCGGCUACGUUACCGAGGACGAGCUCCGAUCCUUCUUCCAGGGCUUCGGCGAGAUUACCUACGUCAAGAUCCCCCCUGGCAAGGGCUGCGGCUUCGUCCAGUUCGUCCACCGCCACGCCGCCGAGAUGGCCAUCAACCAGAUGCAGGGCUACCCCAUCGGCAACUCUCGCGUGCGCCUCAGCUGGGGCCGAUCCCAGAACAACUCGGGCGUUGGUACUCCCUACCGCCCGGCGCCUCCUCCGCCUCACUACAUGGGCAUGCCCGGCCAGCCCGGCCCCGGUCCCUAUGGCCCCCAGCACUUUGGCGGCCCUGCUCCCGGCCUCCAGGGUCCCCCGGGCCCCCCUGGCCCUGGCCAGCCCGGCCCGCCGCAGUAA